UGAACACGAAGCGCGUCAAAAUGGAGGACUAGGUUACCAAAAACAGAAAUUUACCGCGAAAAUGACAGCAGUUAGCACAGAAAAUGCAUUCUCCGCAUUUGAAAAACAACUCAGAACUUUAUGUUUAAGAGAAUUUCCAUGUGGAACGGGUUCAUGGAGAGAAACUAAAACAAAAAAUCUUCAGCUUCUUAAAUCAAAAGACAAUGUGGAUAGCCGCUUUUCUGUGACAUUAAAAGAUUUUGGUGCUAGUCAUGAGAAGACAGAACAAUUAGAAGAAUAUGUAACUUCAAAAUACUCUCCAUGGCAUUUGGAUUAUAGUUGGAGCAAAGAAGCUAGGAAACUCCGGGAAUUAGCAGUGAAAUCCCCAUGGCUUAUAGAUGACAAUUUUAUUCUCAGCUUUUUCAAAACACUUAGAAUAUGUGAUAAAAAUGUAACAGAAGUGGAUGGAAAUCUAUUGAAAUUCAAGGAUUUGGAGGAAUUGACACUAAGUGCUAACAAAAUCAUUACAGUCAACUCAAAAAACCUACCACCAUCUCUUAAGGUUUUGGAAUUGUGUGCCAAUCAUAUCAGUGAUAUAUCUGCAUUAUGUGUCCGCCCUCCUCCCUUAAUUCAUUUAGGAUUAGGAUCCAACAAGAUCUCCUUCAUAGGGGAUUACCUGACUGGUGAUUAUUGGCCCAACCUACUGUCUUUAGAUUUAAGCCAUAAUAAUUUAAGUGAUCUCCUGGAUGUAAUUAGAAAACUUGGAUCCUUGCCAAAGUUACGGAACCUUAUUCUCCAAGGAAACCCCUUAUCAUUGAUUCCUGGGUAUCGUGGUUAUACUAUAGACAGUUUACGGAAACUAAGUAUUCUUGAUGACAUCAUGAUAUCUGCAGACGAAAAACAUCAUUACAAAGGUCUAGCCAGAAGGAGAGAAUACGUCUUAGAUGAAGCUAAAGUGUCAUUAGAAGUCACAUACAUCAAGGGUGUGCCAAUGCCAGAGGAAUUGAAGAAUCCUGAGGAUCAACCAGAAUUCCCCAAAAUAGAGAGGAAAUAUUUUGUCCAAUUCAUGUUUCCUCAAGAUAUGUCCCAAAAAGCAGAAAUCUUCCAAAUCACAGAUAACGACCUAGCUGGCCUGUCUCCCAUGCCAAUGUCCGAGAGGUCACAGUUCACACCACAACCAACUAGUCCAAUACCUGAAGAGCAGGAGAUACGCUCAUACUCACAACAGAGCCAAAACACAGAGGCUGUAAAAAAUGUCAACUUCACUGCUCAACCAGAGGUCGUGUCAGCAAGAGAACCAACAGCUGAACAUGAGCGACCUCCAGAUGAGAUCCCCUUCUCUGUGACCCCCAAACAAAGUGAGGCCAUGGAUCAAGAGGAGGAGGAGGAAACUAAAACACAAAUUCAGGUGGAGGCCAUUAAGUCUGAGGGAGGGCUCUGGGCAGAGGAGAUUGAGCUUAACUGGUCCCAGGUGGCUGUCAGAGAUGAACUUCUGACCCUGAGAAACUUUUUCAAACAAGGAAUGGAUUUUUCUGUGGUUGAGGAAUUGGUUCUUUGCUAUCAAAAUGAUGACCCGUCAGACCCAGGUACACCAACAGCCAAAAGCAAGGAAAAGAAAGACCCCAAAGAUGCCAAAAAAUCAGAUAAGAAAGAAGAAAAAGGAAAAGGAAGCAAAGAGGAAAAGAAAGAUGAUAAGAAAGGAGGGAAAAAAGGAAAGAAAGAGCCAGAGAUGGAGUUGAAGCGAAUGCCACCCACCUACACGACACUUGCCACGUGGCACAUUCCACUGGUGGAUUUCCUGGAGGGAGAGUAUGAAUUUCGAUCGGUCUUCACUCAGGGUGGAGUGGAGGUGGCUUCUACAGUGAAGAGUAUGGACAUUAACAAAAAAGACAAGGACAAGAAAAAACCUGGAUCCUCCAAACCAAAGAAAGAUGAUAAAGGAGGAAAAGGCAGUGCAAGAUCUCGAUCAAGGGAAAAAACUCCCAGUUCAGUGAGCUCACAUGGUGGAAGGAAAUUAAGUGCUGCUGGUCAGAAAAAUGCCAAGGAUGAUAAAAAGGGGGAUAAAGGUAAGGGAGGAAAAGGACCCGCUGCCCAAGUAACAGAAGAGGAGGAGGAUCAGGGUCCACCCCCUCCACUGGAGGUCCAGAUAGCAGUCAGGCUUCAUCACUGGAAAACUGCAAUGGACUCUCUAAAAGAGGAGGAAGAAAAGAACAAAGCAAUGGCUGAAGAACAGCAACAAGGAUGAUUACCUUCAAGUUAUUUAUUAAACAUAGAAAUUCCUGUGGACUGAAUGAAGACUGUUUUACAAAAGCAGUGCAGAUUGUUUUCAUUGAUAAAUAUGGUAGCUGCAUCACUUGUAAUAAUUUGUAAUGAAAUAAUUGAUUUAAAAUAUUAACUAUACAUUUGACAAUCAUUGUACACUUUAUUGAUACUAUAUUCUUCCCCAGUAUUUCCCUGGUAAUGUAGAACAUUUUGCAAAAGGAGGUAGUUUUAAUGAGUACACUUAAAAAAAGUGUUUUAUGUCAAAAGGAAAAGUUAAAAAUUAAAAAUCAAAUGGUUAUUCCUUAGUUUAUCUUUUUGAAAAAUUAGUUCCUUUUCAAAACAAGAAGGUUUCUUGUCUGAAUGUGAUUGGAAGCAAAUAUGAUACAUGUAUACAUGUAAGACUGGUUAUUGCAUAAUAAUGUUAAUAAUUCUUAAAGAGCACAAAAUUUAAAUCUUGUAGUGACA